AUGCGGAUCAUUGUGUUGAUUGCAGUGAUCCUUCAGAUCCUGGGCAAUUACGCCUUCUCUGCGAAGAAGGAAGAGGAGACAAAGGGCCCAAGCAAGAAAGCUUUGGCAUCUGCACAAAUCAGGCAUCAGGACCCUUUCCCGUGCUUCAUUGAGGUGGACUGGCGUUGCAGCUUUUGCUGGAGAACCAACAAGGCCAACACAAAGAGUUGUGCCAGGUGUGGGAUAAAGUGGACUCAUGGACAGGAUCCAUCCUACACCCCGCAGAAGGACAUGAAUGCCAGGCCAAAGAGUCCCAGACGUGUGCAACAGUCAACAGGGAACUGGAACUACACGGGCUGGAACGAGGAUGUAGACUGGGGCGAUUCGAACUGGCAACAAGGUUAUGGUUCGUCAUCAGCCUAUCGCCAACGUGGAGAUACCCCUCGCAAGAAGACUCCGAAGCAGAAGAAAGGAGCCAAACCUCGAGCAGAUGGUCGAAACUCCUACGAUGUUCCACCGCCGGAACCGCCGUGGAACUCCAGCUAUGCAGGAGCGCCACAACAAGUGGCUCAUGGUGGAGAAGAUCAUUCAGCAGCUGCAGAAAAUCUCACGUUACUUGCAACUGCACUGAAGGAAACAAACACAACAGUACCUGCCAGUGUUGCCCACAUUGUCGUAGAGAAUUCAGCGCCUGUGCCAACUUCGAAGAGCCUCAAGAAUGCGGUGGACAAGAUGGACAAGGUGGACUCAUCCGAGCAGAUCCAAGCCAACAUCAGCCACAUGGUCGAGAACCUGCAAAAGCUGCAUCAGACGGCAGAAGCAGCAAUCAUAGAAGCAGGCGAGAACAAGAACAAGCGUCCACGAUUGGAAGAGCCAGGAGAAGGGGCACCAGCAGCUCUUUUGAACUGGAGCCACAGCAUCCUAGAAGAUUCCAGCUACACGGGCACUUGGCAAGCUUCGAUUGAGGGUCUCGACCUUGCCUGGGAGGCUUUUAUAGCGCAGAAACCGCAGGACAUCACGGAGGGUUCCACCUUUCAGCUUGUGCUCCUGGACGUGGAAUUUCACAGUGCUUUGCCGUCCCUUGAGCCCGAAAGUGUGCGCAGAGUCAAGCUUUUGCCCAAAACCAUUGCGAGGAAAGCUUUGCUUGCUCUACUUGGACUGCAACCAUAUUGCCAAUAUGCACGUCAUGUUUGCUUUGUUUGGCACAACAAGCAUCUGGUGGGGGCUCAACAACGGGCUCUGAUUGACUUGCGGCAUGGGGAUUAUAUCAAAAUUGCAGUACCACCGGCACGUGGAGCACUACGGCAAUACUACACCAGAGAAGUAGCACAAUGCAUGAGAAGAGGCUACACAGUAUCAGCAAUCCCUGCCUAUCUUGAAGCUCAGGAGAAUGGCAUCAAUGUUGCUGACAUGCCCAUCAUUGACACGUUCAACUAUGUGCCUCGCAUUGUGGAUCUGGACUACGACAGGGAAGUCAUGAACAUGCUACAGCUUUCUGGACAGCACAGACCCAGUCAUGAAGCGUGGCCAGACUUCCUCCGCAGACCCAGUCCCUGUGCAAUUCAUGAAUGCAAAGUUGGAGAGGACAACCAAAGAGACCCUGCAGUUCUCACCACGGAGACCCUACCUGCGCCAGAAGUUGGCAGGCCCGAGCUCAUCUUCGGGGAAAUGGUCCAUUUUCUCCACUCUUUGCAGUCACUGUGGGACUAUUAUGCGGAGAGAGAAACAGAGGAAGAAGGAAGAGUCUUGUAUGUGAACACAUGGUACACUGACCAUGAGAGGGCACCACAAUGUCACACAAUGCGUGCCGUGAGACUGCUUGGAGAUGCAUGGAACUGGCCAGAUCGAUUAGCGGAAGCGUGGGAUGAUUGGAUCGAUCCAGACGCAGUCAUCGACUUCUACUUGAUCAGGCCAACACCGAGAGCGAGUGCAUCCAGCUCCCUUGCAGUUCCACACAUUCUCAUUGUACAACACCCACGUGCAGGGUUUUGUAGCAUCCAUCUCACGGUCAUUGACACAGAGAACAGGGCGAUGCCUUCGCGCAUGCUUGUAACCAUUGCGCCCAGACAGAUCACCAAGCUCAUCUUCUAUGACCUCAUUGGUUACCGACAUGAUCGGAUGGUGCCAAGCCUCAUUGAUUGCAUGAUUUCACAUGGUGAGCAUGACAUCCAGAAUGAAGAGGUUUUCUACACGCAGCAUGGCCACAGCUUUUUGAUCAUACUCAACCACAUGCGGGAUAUCAUCACCGGACUGGCAACCGCUGGUGCAUCGAGUUCCUCUUCUAGCUCAACUGGACUCAACCUUCUGCAACGUAGUGUGCAGAGGAAAGUGCUUCAGCUUGACGAACUCAUCAGUUUGCCAGCCACGCCAGUGUUAGCUGAUCAAGCCACAGAAGCUCUGCAAGUGCUUUGGGCGAAGCCGAUGAGCCCACAUCCGGAUUACAUUGAAUUGCCCGCAAAUGCAGACACCCAGAUGAUACAUCAGGACGAGAAUGCGGUCUUCUUACACACGUCGCAGCAACCUAUGACAGAGCAUGAUCUCAUGGCACACCUGCACCAACUUGGAUUUUGGAGGGCAUUGAUCAGAUCUUACGAGGAGGUCUAUCACAAGAUCUACAAGAUCUGCUUUGACGACCAAAAAGUUGUCAUGCAACAGCCACACAAACAUCGAGCUGGAGUUCCAACUUGGCCUUCCAUGCAGUUGGGACCAAUAGGAAGAAAACCAUUUUUCAUUCCGGAGAAGUCCAUUGAAAGUGACCACAUCAUUGACAUUGGCAUUGUUGAGGCCGAUCUGAUGGACCUCUUCUGUUCACAUGAUGAUGUUCUUUUUCAGAAUUUUGAAGGUCUUGAACUACCAGAACCUCUCCAACGGGCUGUUGAUAGCUGUGCCCAAGACAUCCCUGAUGAAGAAUUGAACCGACUUCUGAUCUAUACAGAUGGUUCAUCAUUGGGACAAUACAAGCACCAACCACCUCUCAGAGCGGAAGAAGAAGGCACUGGGGACACCUGGGCCAUGUUGGUACUUGGAGAAAGAUAUGAUCCGCCUGGUUUGAAGCUGCUUGGAUGGAGUGCUCAUGGGAUCCACUAUGACACCGCGAGCAAUGCCCACCUUGGAGCUACCCGUAUCGGCGCAGAUGUUGCCGAAAAAGAGGGACUAGCAUGGGCAGGAAUCUGGCGGCUCAGCCAGAAUUGGAACAUCCACACCUGCUUCAGAUCUGAUUCCAGUGUAGCACUUGGUCAAGCUUCUGGCCAUCUAGGCACGGGCAGUGCCGAUGAGACUUUCGAAGUCCUUCGCGGUGUCUAUCAGGCGGUUGAGGCGGCGCUAGGCCCCAAAGGCUUUGCAUACUCUCAUGUGGCUGGCCACGCGGGUGAACCAUGGAACGAACUAUGCGAUUGGCUUGCGAAAAUGGAGAGAGCAAAGAGCUUUUAUGCCAAACGUCCUCGAUUGGACAUGCGAAAAUGGAGAAAGGCCUUUGGUCAUUUGUGGAUUGCCAUAGGGGAUCACAGAGACCUCCCAAAAUUCAGUGGUCGUGGUCUUCAUGCAAGAUUGACUAUUUGCGCAAGCAACAACGAGACCAAGUUCAACUUUAUUGGCUUGCAAGAGACGAAAGCACAAGAGAUAUGCUCCUGCGUUGACCAGAUCUACAGAUUAGCAUCUGGCAGCAAUCAACACCAACAAGGUGUUGAACUUUGGAUCAAUCUUGCACAGCCAUAUGCUUACAUUGACAAGAGGCCCAUGUACUUUGAGAAGAACGACUUCCAGAUCGCAUACAAAGAUGCACGUGCUUUGCUUGUCCGAGUUGACACUACGAUCUGGAAUGCAUGGCUUUUAGUUGCAUAUGCACCCCACAGUGGUCUAUCAUGGCGAGAACGUGAGGAAUGGUGGAUGCACCUGGAUGACAUUGUGCGGCGCCGGAGCUCACAUGAACCGCUCUUAGUCAUGAUUGAUGCGAAUGCUUCACCAGGGACAGGCAUGCAAUCCCACUGCAUUGAUUAUGUUCUUCUUUCUGAAGACUUGCAGGCGGCAUGCACACUAUCCAGAGUCGUCCCUGAGUUUGAUCUUGGACAUGGUGGAUGGGACCAUGAGGCGACAGCAAUUGAUUUAGACUGGUGUAUCUCAGUCGCUGUGGAUGCAACUCGCAAGAAGCAGACACCGGCAUUUGACCACACCAUGAUCAACCUGAAGAUUGCUGAGGAGAUUCUGCAUGAUUAUGAGCCUGCUGCGUGGAAUGAAAACAUUGAGCAACAUGUUGAUGAUUUCAAUCAACAAGUACUGCAUGGUCUUCAUCGCCUUUGCCCGAGACAGAAAAACUGUGCAAAGAAGCCCUAUGUGAAUGAGCAUCUUUGGAAUCUCAGAAGCCAGAAGAUCAAGCUCAAAGGUCAGCUCCGACAACUUGCACAUCGACAACGUGAUGAAAGACUUGUGGUCUUUUUUGCGGCCUGGGCACAAGCGAGACAUGAGACUGAAUUUCAGAAGUCUGACCGCUUUUGGUCCUAUGGCACGACAUUGCGUUGCAGCAACUUGCGGUUGGUUGCGGCCUAUCACAAGGCCACCUACGAGCUCAGGAACGGCCUCAAAAAAUCCAAGCGACAGCUUGUGCAGGAGAAGUUUGCAUCUUUGUCUCCGAAUGUUUCUGCAGGUCAAAUUCUACAGGAGCUUCGUCCUUUCAUUGGGCCAUCCAACCUGAAAAAAUUGAAGAUUGGCAAUCUCCCACACAUCAAGAAUGCGGAGGGCCAACAUUGUACCUUGCCCAAUGAAGCCAUUGAGACAUGGUCAGAGUUUUUCAGGCAGAUGGAGGGCGGCACACGCAUGUCAUUGGAAUGUCAACGAGAUCAAUGGAUCGAGAAUUUGGCAGCGUUUCGGCAGAAGGCCUUCAACAUUGAUGGACAAGAGCUACCCAGACUGGUUGAUUUGGAGGCAGCUUACCGACGGGUGCAGCCCACCAAGGCGGUGGGUCCCGAUGGUGUGCACCCAGCCUUUUGCAAGGCCGCCCCACAACUCCUGGCUCGGAAGACUUUUGGGCAGUUAUUGAAGCUGACCACACACGGUCAAGAAUCUUUGGUGCAUAAGGGUGGUGUGCUUCACCCUGUGUGGAAGAUGAAGGGUCCGAAGGACCUUUGUACUUCGUACCGAAGUAUUCUGAUAUCCAGCCACGUAGGGAAAUGCCUACAUCGGAGCAUCAGGCAACGACAAAACACCCUUUUCACCAAGUUCCUGCAGAAGGAGCAGCUUGGAGGGCGCCCUAGAGUGCCUGUAUCCAUGGGUGUCCAUCUGGGCAGGGCUUUCUUGAGAUCGAGAACGUCCCUUGGACACAAUGUUGCAAUGCUUUACCUUGACUUGACGGAAGCGUUCUACAGAAUAUUACGACCGCUUGUCAUUGGUGGUGAAGUUGAUGACACUCUCAUCCUCUAUGUUGGGGCAAGGCUUGGACUCUCUGAAGACCUAUUACAGGAGCUGCACCAACACCUUGAUGACACACCAGCGACGGCAGCUGCUGGAUUGCCCGCGCACAUGCAGAACACGAUUCGUGCGCUGCAUGAGACCAAGACCUAUGUCCACAAUGCCUUGAUGCGUCUCUUUCGCAGACUCAUGCCUGGGUCUUACAAUCAACACCUCCAGGAUGAAGACAUUCUCACAGAGACAGGGCUCAAUAGUCCCACAGAAGUGUUGCGCUUGGCGAGAUUGCGCUACAUUGGGACUCUUUAUCGAUGCCAAGAUCUUGUACCUUGGGGGCUCCUCAAUGCUGAUGAGGCUUGGACGACGUUGAUCCAAGAUGAUUUAUCGUGGAUGUGGUCGCAACUCCGAGAGACAUGUCGGCUCCCUGACCCGUUGUCAGACCUAGCUCCAUGGACCUCGAUUUGGCAACAUCAUGCAUCCUACUGGAAACGGCUUGUGAAAAGAGCUGGUUUACAUGCCUGUUUUCAGCGGCGCAAUCACCAACGGGUCUUGGGCUUUCAUCGACGUUUCAUUUGUCUUUUCAGAGAGCACCCAGCUACGCAGGACGUAUUUGAGGACAUUGGAACCACACCAGCAUGGGAGAAGGGAGAGGAAGAUUUUCCACAAGCAUGCAUGUGUUGUCGUAUGGUUUUCAAGAGCAAGGGUGGAUUAGGCGCUCACAUGUUCAAGGUGCACCAUCUAGUUGCGAAAGUCAGACUCCUUUGUGAUCAGACUCAAUGCAGUUCAUGCCUGCGUGAAUAUCACACCAUGGCGAAGCUCAAGGCGCAUCUCCAACGGGCUGGACAUUGUCGCCAUCGCCUCUGGGGGAGACGUAGAUACUUUAUUCCUGCACAGGGAAGCGGGUCGAACGUGGACUUUCAAUUGCACCAGCAGCAAGAUGUCCUUCCACCUCUCCAAGCAGCAGGGCCUCAACUUCCUGAUGGACGUCUUGAAGACAUCCCGGACUAUGACCUCGACCUUGCAGAAAAGAUUUACUUGGCGCUACUCGAGCGCGAGGAGAGGUCUGACGUCACAGCUAUCAUCAAGGAGGUUGUCUAUGCGCAUCCUGUCACAUGGCAGACGUGUCGGGCUUCCCUGCACUAUUUGAUUGGCGAGCUCACCAUUGAGGACAUUCAGGCGCUUGCGAUUAUGCACAAGGACAUCAAGACCGUGCUGCGAGAGCUCUUGGCGUCUAAUGAGUGGGGUUUUCUCCACGACUCCUGCGCGCACAGCCGUGCGGCAGAGCGCCCCAUUGGUCAGGAUGUGAUUGAUCAGGCUUGCAACGAGGCGGCAGAGUCGGCCCCAAUGCGAGCUCCUUUUUGGCCAGCACCGCGGCCGAUGUUGCGUGAGCGCUACAUCAUCCACGCGUUUUCGGGCAGGGCUGUGGGGGGCUCCGAGCAUGAAACCGACUGGCCUGCUGUUAGCAGUGAAUUUCAGGGACAUGCCCGACGCAUGACCGUGCGCGAGUAUGGGCACUGUGCAGGAAAGCAAGUUCAAGACAGCGGUCAGCUUCUGGUAGAAGCCAUCGGCUUAGGUGUUGCGCCCGGAGGCCUCAAGGAUCUGGAGCUGUUCCGGGCAACAAGCUCCGGAGAGCCCGGCCAACAAGUCCUGAUCCUGAACAUUUUGCCAUGA